UUUGAAACUUCUAUUGUGCACCAUCGUGCAAAGAAAGCAAUGAGAUCCGCAAAGCCAUCUGCAGACUCUGCUCUUGUUUUGGAAUAUGUUCUGCACAGUGAUAGAAGUAAACUGAAGAAGGUGUUAAAAUCUAGAAUUGAUCCUGAUCUAAUUGACGGGAAUGGGGAUCCAUUGAUAUUUACCCCCAUUGUAAACGGGGAUCGCAAAGUGCUUAAGCUCAUGCUACCAUAUAUCAAUGUCAACAUAGAAAGUGCUGACUGUCGAACACCCUUAAUGCUUGCAGUGGAAAUGGGCGAUCUCGACAUUGUUAAACUCUUAAUCAAAGCAGCUGCAAGGGUAGACUGCAAAGACAACUCCGGUAAAACUCCCCUAUUGCUGGCUUUGGAGGAUGGAAAAUUCAAAAUUGCAGAGUAUCUCAUAAAACAUGGAAGUGACGUUAACGAAGUUGAUGACCUUGGUCAAUCUGCCCUCCACCUUGUUGUCUCUGGUCAACACAAUGAUUGUGCUCGAAUCAUACGAAUUUUGUUUAAAUGUAGAUACAUUAUGAAAGAUGUAGAUCACUGGCUUUCUCCCGAAGAUUUAGCUGCCAACCAAAAACUUCAAUCCAUUUAUCUUAAACAAAUUCAAAACGCAAAAGCUUCAAUAAAAGUAAAUUCAAUGGAGUCGAUAGCCAUCCCAAGGGAAUGCUUUGAAUCCUGAAAGGAGAUGAGAUUAUCAAGUCAUUACGUUAACCAUACCCUAAUGGACAUUGUCGGUGUCACUUGAGUGGUCUUGUGCACCCAGAAUCUCUAGCUGCAACAUAUAAGAAUCACAUCAGGAUUCAUAAACGGUUGAUUCUAAAAUACGAGCGGACAUGGUGGAUGAAAAUAUGGGUGGAGAAACUUCCUCUUUCAAAGUAACAUUCCAUAUGUAUAUGUUGUUAAUAUGUUAAAAAGCGAAUAAACUUUUUUUAGCAUUUGG